GUUUGUAAAUUACGCCUGUAUGCUGAUUUUAUGAUUUUUACCGCUUAGCUAACCCCAUCGGUCAACAUGUAACAUUGAUUCCUUGGUUUGACUCGGGUCAGAUUAUUUAGUGGUCAGCUCGAUAUGAAAGCACACUUUAGUUCAUUACGGAACAAAUAGAAAAACAAACCUUUAGGGUGUUAAUGAAAAAUUAUCAUUAGUAAAUUCGAUAACUACGGUAAGCCUGCAGUGCUCUGCUGAUCCAGCUCCAGCAUGUGUGGGAUAUGGGCCCUGUUCGGUAGCGACGAGUGCCUGGCCGUCCAGUUCUCCAACGCCAUGAGGAUAGCGCACCGUGGGCCGGACGCGUUCCGCUUCGAGAACGUCGACGGCUUCACCUGCUGCUGCUUCGGCUUCCACCGACUGGCGAUUGUGGACCAGCUGUGCGGAAUGCAGCCCCUGAGGGUCCGGAAGCUUCCUUACCUGUGGCUCUGCUACAACGGCGAGAUCUACAACCACCAGAGGCUGAAAAACCAGUUUGAGUUUAAUCAUGAGACCAAGGUAGACGGAGAGAUCUUGCUUCACCUGUAUGACCGAUUUGGGAUCGAGAAGAUGGCCUCUCUGCUCGACGGGGUGUUCUCCUUCAUCCUCCUGGAUGUCGCCAACCGUAAAGUGUUCCUGGGGAGGGACACGUAUGGCGUGCGGCCCAUGUUCAAGCUGAUCACAGAUAACGGCUUUCUGGCCGUGUGCUCGGAGGCCAAAGGUCUGACCACACUCAACCACACCAUGGAGACGGACCCUCCGAUCACGCCCUUCCCACCGGGACACUUUGAGGUGUUCAACUUGAAGAUGAACGGGAAGGUGGAGUCCAUUCAACUGGACCGCUUCCAUAGCUGCACCAGCGAGCCCAAACACAUCGUCUUUGACACCGUGGGGACGCUGGCUUCAGGUUACGACCUUGAGACAGUGAAAGGAAACAUCAGGAUCCUCUUUGAGAACGCAGUGCGGAAACGCCUCAUGUCCCAUCGGAGAAUUGGGUGUCUCUUGUCAGGUGGCCUAGACUCCAGUCUGGUGGCUGCCACACUGAUGAAACUGGCCAAAGAGGAGGAUAUCAAGUACAAGAUUCAAACCUUUUCCAUCGGCGCUGAAGACAGCCCCGACGUCCUGGCAGCGCGCAAGGUGGCAGCACACAUCGGCAGCGAACACCAUGAAGUGAACUUCACGCCGGAGGAGGGCAUCAAGGCUGUGGACAAAGUCAUCUACCACCUGGAGACGUAUGAUAUCACCACCAUCCGGGCGUCUGUUGCGAUGUAUCUGAUGUCGGAGUACAUCCGAGCAAAGACAGACAGCGUUGUAAUUUUUUCUGGCGAGGGUUCCGAUGAACUCACUCAAGGGUACAUCUACUUCCACAAGGCGCCGUCUCCAAAGGCUGCGGCAGAGGACAGCGUUCGCCUGCUGAAGGAGCUGUACCUGUUUGACGUGCUGCGAGCCGACCGCACCACAGCCGCAUAUGGGUUGGAGCUUAGAGUGCCUUUCUUGGACCACAGAUUCACAGCGUAUUACCUGUCCCUGCCCCCUGAGAUGAGGGUCCCCAAGGAUGGGGUGGAAAAGCACCUGCUGAGAGAUGCCUUCAAGGGCCUAAACCUGAUUCCGGACGACAUCCUCUGGAGGCGCAAAGAGGCCUUCAGCGAUGGUUUGACAUCCACGAAGAAGUCGUGGUACUCCAGCCUGCAGGACCACCUCGAGUCUGAGGUGAAUGAUACGCAGCUGGAAAAUGCCACCAAAACAUUUCCAUAUAACCCCCCCAGCACGAAAGAGGCCUUCUAUUACCGGCAGGUGUUUGAGAAGCAUUUCCCGCGUCGGGCAGAGUGGCUGUCCCACUACUGGAUGCCGCAGUGGAUCAAGGCCACAGACCCCUCCGCCAGGACCCUGUCCAUAUACAAGCCAGACAAGGCGACCAAUGCAGACAAGCUUCAGGAGGACGACCAGCCACAGAGCGGCGCGUUCUGAUGAGGCACGGCUCGAACCUUCUUCUGCCUUCUAUUGAUAAAGCGAAAUUUAGUCAAUAGAAAAAAAUCUCCUUUAGGUGAAUGAAAAGUGUAGAUUAUAAUUUGUUUACAUUAAAAAUGCUGGAGUAGACAGAAUUAUGAAAUAUUUACUGAAAAAACAUCAAGUAAUGUGGAUUUGGCGCACAAUGGUAUUUGGUAAGUAUGCAAUUAAUCCAGUGUGGAUGAAAAUCUGUGGAAUGCCGUAUAUUCAGGAGAAGCAGCAGAAUUCUGCUGUACUGAUGGGCCGUUUAGAUUAAAUGGGAUACAGUAACCAAAGUAUGUAUGUAAGACCAUUUGUUAGAAGCCAUGUUGCUUAUUUGGUUGUAAGACCCAGGACAACGUCCCCCACGAUGGCGUGCCUAAACCUACCAGACUGCUGAACUGCAGACUUUCACUGUUUUCCAUAGUAACUUGAAACACCACCCACCCCAGAAACGGUACAUCUGUCCACUAUCAUACUGCUUGGGACAGAAUUUUCGUCGUGCUUAAGAUCGUUACUUGUUUUCCGGACACGUUCUCCAUCAUCUGUGACAGACAUUGAUGAUCUAGUUAUGUUCUUGUCUGGCUGCUACGUUUUGUUUGCUUCCUGUCACAGUCGGCAGCACAGCGCUCGUCUCUUCGUCUGUGUGCGUUUUCCGCUGGUGCUCCAGCUUCCUCCCACAGUCCAAAGAUACACAGGGCAGGUGAAAUGCUUGUCGCUGUCCACUUGAAAAUAAGCAGGCUUGAAUUAAAAUGCAUGAAAUGCAAAUCACACAAGAUUUUCAUUUAUAUCUGUAGUCACACUGAACACUGAAAGAUCGUAUAUUUUGAAGCGUGAAUAAAUGUGAGCAGCAUCUAGAUAAUAUUCCAGUCUCUGACUUGCCAUUGUACCCAGAGCUGUGCGUGUUCAUUUAACCUUCUGUCCUGUGGUUUGUUACACUGUCAGGCAGCCGAAACACUGUGAUACCCAGAUGGAGCUGCACUGCGUUCUGUCACCUUAAGACAGGGGUGUCCAACUCCAAUCCUGGGGGGGCCAGAGCCCUGCACAUUUUUGGGUUUCCCCUCAUUUAACACACCUGAUUCAACUCCUUGUGCUAAUUACCACACAGCUUUUGAGCAGAAUCGUUUGUGGUGGAAUAGGGAAAGAACUAAGCUACACAGGGCUCCACCCCCCCCCACCCCAGGACCAGAGUUGGGCACCCCUGCCUUAAGGUUUCAACAUAUGCUACCUUAUUUUUUUAAGAAGAAACUGGGGAGAUCGUAAAUGCUGUCAGAGUAUGAGGUACGUAAAUAGCCAGUGGUAAUGGUUACUGACCUCGUGGGCAAUUUAGAGAAAUUUCAUGAUUUGUUCCUACACGUGGGGACAGAACCGAAGCCUUUGUUGAUAAAUUUAAAUCACGAAUCUAAGAAUCUAAAUAAAAAAUCGAUGUGCAUAUGAGAA